AUGAACCCCCCGCGCACGCCCGCGCCCAACGCCUGCCUCAUCGCGAUCCUGCUCAUCACCCGCGACUCCUCCGGCGACAAGCUCACCUUCCACUACCCGCCCAAACCCACCGUCGACACGCCCCUGCCGCCGACCAGCACCUACACCGCCUCCAGCGCCUCCUCCUCCGCCGCUUCCGACGUCGCCUCCUCGGGCGACGAAGACGACGACCGCCGAUCUCUCACCACACUCCACGACCUAACCGCCGUCGAGCGCAGCGAGUCCGGCAGCCGCAUCGGCCGCCGGCGGAGCCGCAAGGCGGUGGUGCCGGAGGAGCCAGCGGAGGAGGAGGAGACGACGAAAGAUGAUGGGGGCCCGCCGUGGGAGACGGUGCUGGGUUUCAAGGCGGAUUUUUUAGCGGGGUUGUUGGCGCCAAAGGCGGGGAUGUGUAAGCGGAAGUUUGAGCUGACGGUGGAUGAUGUGGUGUUUUUGGGCUUCCCGCUGCAUGUGAGGCCGGAUGGGUUGUGGCGGAAGAAGAAGAAACGGAGGGGGAGGGGGACAGAGGAGGAGGAGUUGGAGGAGAGGAUGGAGGAGGCAGUGGUUGCGGAUCGGGGGAGCGAUGCUGAGGAGGAGGAGAAGGAGGAGGUGGGGAAAGAGGAGGAGGCGGAGGAGGAGGGAGUAGAGGCGGCGGCGACGGCGACGGGGGCGAAUGGGGGCGAUGCGGCGGAUGAGGAGAAGGACGGAGACGAUGAGGGGAGCAGCAUUCAUGGCGGGGGGAUGAGUAUGUUCCAUGUCGUCUUUGUGCUCAAUCCGCCCGAGAUGGAGUACCAUUUCAGGACGAAGCAGAUCUUUAACGAGGUCGUCAAGCGGUUUGCAAGAGCGCUCAAGUACGAGCAGGCCAAAGACGGAUAUGUCUGGCGGGAGGCCGUCAAGAUCAACCGUCUGCGCGACAAGGCCGUCCAGGACUGCAUGCCAUUCUCCGAGCUCUGGCGCCAGAUCCUCGAGCAGAGCAGCCUCGCAUACGCCAUCUCGCGCAUCUUCACCGACAUCUCGCAGAACAAGAUUGCGCACAUCUUCCUCAACAAAUCACUGGGGCUGUCCCUGCAGAUCCCCAUCACCACCGAGACCUCCGUUCUCCCAUCCAUCACCGACCCGCAGAUUCCCGGACUCCCGCUCACCACCGCCGAUUCCUUCGGUGACGACGACAACGAGGGCGACAACCUUCUCGUGCGCCACUUCACGCUCCUUUUCCUCGUCGACGUCGACAGCAUCCUCAAGGACAUCGCCGAGUCCAGCGACUCCACCAACUCGCUCGCGCACUUUGUAAAGUCCUGCAAGCCAUCCAUGAGCUUCCUGCAGAUCAGCAACAGCUCCGGCAUCCCGCUGCACAACAUCCAACUCAUGGCGCGCCACCUCAUCCACUGGCGCAAGGCCCGCGCAAUCCCGCCAAUCCACCACAGAGACAUCUACAUCGUCUCGCCCAACGCCGACAUGAAGCGCCUCCACACCCUCAUCCCCGUCUACGCCAAACUCUUCCCCACCCUCCCCACGCUUCCAAAGAUCCUCUCCCUCCUCUCCCAGAAGCCAAAGCAGUUCGCCGCCUUCAUCCCCUCCCGCGACCACAGAAGCGCCUACUGCGACAUCCUCGCCUGGCUGCUGCGCCACGGCCUCGUCACACAGCUGCGAAACUUUGCGUGGAUCCGCGUGACGCGCGAUAUCAAGCUGCGCGUGUUCCGAGAGCAGCAGCAGCAGCAGACGGCGCUUCUAUCGCGCUCCCUCUCGCUCUCGCGCUCCAUCUCGCGCUCACGUUCCCCCUCGCCGGAGCCCAGCCGCGCGGAUAUCGUGGCGUCUGCGGCCUUCGCGUAUGAGCCGCACCCGGAGGAUCCGGCGUUUGAGGAGAGUAUAGUGCUGGCGCCGCAUCAGGCGUCGGCGGUGGAGAGCGCGUGGCUGGAGAUGAUGACGAAGGGGCAGCCGCCGGAUGUGAGGGCGUUGUGGGAUCGGUUGUUGAAGUAUUUGAAUGGGCAGCAUGCGAUUGAGAAGAUUGCGGUGAGGGAGGGCAUUAGUAGGAGGGAUGUGAGGAGGGUGUUGGGCGUGUUUGAUGAUUAUAUUAUAUAUGUGAGUAUUGAUCCCCCGCUGUGA